AUAAUUGAAAAACAGUCCCUGGAACAACCUUUAAACUCAAGAAAUUCACUUUGAUGAAAUUGGAAAAUACAUCGAGGGAGAGCAAUAUCCUCGUGCAGCUGCCAAGUUGUUGCACCGCUGCUUGCCGCCGAGAUCAAACGAACGCCGGUUCCGGUUCCUUCUCCAUCCAUUUCUCCACUGACUGAAAAUCAUCUGAAGUUUCGGAUGACGAAUCGAAGAAUCGCCGUUCCGAUCCCCUGACGACGGCCGCAAAGAUUUCAUCGUGAAAAAACGCUACGCGGAAAUCAACCGGCGGGCCGCCGCGGCGGUGACGGCGACUGGAUAACAUCGCUUUGAUGGUGACGGGACGAGAACGAGAUAGGUCCAUUCGUGGUUAGGAAUUGGCGAAUUUUCUGAUUUUUUUUCUCAGGGUCGUAGUGGACGGGACGCACGGGACUCCUCCGCUGCUAAGUCACGUGCCUUCCCCGUGCUUCCUUCUGCUGCUGCACAGUUUCCUAGGGUUUAUUCCUGAUUCGGAGACGAGAACUUAGAAGUGGCACCUUCUUAAUUAAAGAUUAAUUGAGGAUGCUUGAUUGUGUGUAUUAAURACACUGUCGGUGCAUUUAAACAGGCAAUAGAGAUUAGAGACUGAAGCUGUAAAGUGAAGAUAUUGACUUGUUCCAACAUAUCAAUGACCUACGCACCUCCAACAUGGGCGACAUUAGCUGCUGCUGCAUUUGUUAUCAUGACUCUUGUCCUUUCACUUUAUCUAUUGUUCGAGCACCUUUCUGCAUAUAAGAAUCCAGAGGAGCAAAAGUUUUUGAUUGGUGUUAUCCUAAUGGUCCCAACUUAUGCUGUAGAAUCUUUCAUAUCAUUGGUGAACCCAUCAAUAAGUAUUUAUCUUGAGAUACUGCGCGAUUGCUAUGAAUCCUUCGCUAUGUACUGCUUUGGACGAUACCUGGUUGCUUGCUUGGGUGGGGAAGAAAGGACUAUUGAAUUUCUAGAGAGAGAAGGGCGUUCAAAUUCCAAGACACCAUUAUUAGAACAUGGCUCGGAGAAGGGAAUUAUCAAGCAUCUUUUCCCUAUGAACUUUUUCUUAAAGCCAUGGAAAAUUGGUGGAUGGGUUUACCAUAUUAUCAAAAUUGGAAUCGUCCAAUAUAUGAUUAUAAAGUCCCUCACUUCUAUUUUAGGUGUAGUUCUUGAGAAAUUUGGCGUUUAUUGUGAAGGAGAAUUUAAUUCCAAAUGCGGGUAUCCUUAUAUGGCAGUGGUUUUAAAUUUCAGUCAAUCAUGGGCGUUGUAUUGUCUGAUUCAAUUCUAUACAGUUACAAAGGAUGAACUGGUACAUAUUAAACCAUUGGCCAAGUUUUUGAUGUUUAAAUCUAUAGUGUUUUUGACUUGGUGGCAAGGUGUUGGAAUUGCUCUCCUAUCUGCCCUUGGUUUGUUCAGGAGUCCUGUAGCCCAAGGGUUACAGUUUAAGUCAAGUGUCCAAGAUUUCAUCAUUUGUAUAGAGAUGGCCAUUGCUUCUGUGAUUCACUUGUUUGUAUUCACUGCAAAACCCUAUGAACUUAUGGGGGACCGUUAUCCUGGAAUCGUUUCUGUUCUUGGUGAUUAUGCAUCUGUCGACUGUCCUUUAGAUCCAGAUGAGGUCAGGGAUAGCGAGCGUCCUACCAAAUUACGCCUACCCCAGCCAGACCUAGAAGACCAAGACCCUAAGAUGGGAAUGACAAUCAAAGAAAGCGUCCGAGAUGUUUUUGUCGGUGGUGGGGGUUAUAUUGUGAGCGACCUGAAAUUCACAGUAAACCAAGCAGUUGAACCUGUGGAGAAAGGGAUCACGAAGUUCAAUGAAAAACUACAUAAGCUCUCCCAAAACAUCAAGAAACGAGACAAGGAUAAAAGAAGAACCAAGGAUGACAGUUGCAUCACGUCACCCACACAAAAAGUCAUUCGAGGAAUAGACGACCCGCUUCUGAAUGGGAGCUUUAGUGACAGCGGGGUCAUAAUGGAAAAGAAGAACCGUCGAAAAGCAGGCCAUAUAAGCGCAGAAAGCGGUGGAGAAAGCAGCAGUGAUCACGGUUUUGGCAAGUACCAAGUCGGAGGCCGCAGGUGGAUCACCAAAGAGUAGUAAAGAAUAAGAGGUACUUACUGCUCUCUAUUAUCAAAAGCAAGAAAGAGGGAUGAGAUGAGUAUUGAGUUUCUUCAAAUGCCUGAAUUUUUCUGCUGAGUAGCACAUUCUGCUCUGUGUGAACCCUUUCCAAAGUCCAAAAUGUAGCAAUGAGAAAACUGCUGCUAUGAACUAUGAACUAUGAACUAUGAUGACGUGCAACCAGAUGGCGAAGGUAAAAUUUCUUUUUUUGGUGCACAGAGGAUGAAUCAAUCUAAUCUAUGGGUAAGUGUAUCAUGAUUAAAAACUAUGGGAUUUACUUACUAUUCUUGUAAAUAGGUGGCUAUGAUAUGAUUACCAGAACUGGGAUAUUUCAUAUUCAUAAUUUUCUUUGUGGGGUAAACAGAUGUUAGUACAGAGAUUUGUUCUUUGUUACAUAAAUUGAAUGCUUAUAAUAUUUUAAAGUAGCAUGCCAUGAGGAAGCUGCCUUAAAGUUACAACCCAUUUGAAUUGAUCUGAAUAUGCUUUUGGAAAUUGGAAGUGACUGAUUAUGUA